AGUAUGGUAGAAGCUCUCGAUCGGUAAAAAACUACAUAACCCGUGACUAAAAUGUUGAAACAUCGCCUAUAUUCUACGUGCAAUCCCCAUAUCCCUUCCUUUAUUUGGCCAAUAGAGCAAAUCCUCUCCUUUCAAAACUCCAAGCAACCCCAGAAGGCCAGAAGGAACUCUGUGUCAACCAAACUGCGAGAAAGAAAACAAAAUAUAUGGUACAUACAUCUACAGCUGCAUGCAAUAUUCAUGAGUACCCAACAACCCAUCUGGUUUCUCCUUCUCUCUUCUCUUGGUUUCUUCAUCUUCCUCAAACACUCCAUCUCUUUAGCCCGAUGGAUCUUCAUAACUUUUCUCCGACCCGCUAAAGAUCUGAAAAGAUCGUACGGCUCUUGGGGUUUGAUCACUGGUGCCACUGAUGGCAUAGGCAAGGCCUUUGCCUACCAACUAGCCAAGAAAGGCCUAAACCUUGUUUUAGUCAGCCGCAGCUCCAACAAGCUCGAAUCAGUCUCCGAAGAAAUUCGAUCCCAUUUCCCCGAUGUGCAGAUCAAAACUGUUGCCUUCGACUUCUCACGCGACCAGGGUUUGGUUAAGUUGGUAGAAGAGGAGAUCAAGGGAUUGGACGUGGGAGUUUUGAUAAAUAAUGUUGGAGUGACUUACCCGGCAGCUAGAUACUUUCAUGAGGUGGAUGAGAAAAUGUGGGUGGAUAUUGUUAGGGUGAAUUUGGAAGGUACAACAAAGGUUACCGUGGCUGUUGUACCCGGGAUGCUUCAAAGGAAGAGAGGUGCCAUUGUUAAUAUUGGGUCUGGGGCAGCCGUUGUGGUUCCUUCCCAUCCUCUCUACACCAUCUACGCAGCUACCAAAGCUUACGUGGACCAACUCUCUAGAUCCCUGUACAUGGAAUACAAGCAGUACGGAAUCGACGUGCAGAUUCAGGUUCCGUUAUAUGUCGCAACAAAAAUGGUGUCGAAAGUUGCUUCGAUCGAGAAGUCAUCAUUGUUCAUACCAUCUGCGGAUGCUUAUGCAGAAGCAGCAGUCAAACGCAUUGGAUAUGAAGCACGGUGCACGCCGUUUUGGGCUCACUCGCUUCAGUGGUGGUUCGCACGGUUGGUCCCUGACUCUCUUCUUGAUGCCUGGCGCUUCAAUAUCGGCUUAAACAGAAGGGGAAAGCCAGCUAUCUAGCUAGGUUGAAUAUUUUCUUUCUUGGGUAAAAUCCUCAUAUAGUACCUGAACUAUCACGAAAUGCACUUUUUGGUACCUACAAAUUUUCAGGGAGUCCAGUGAUAGUACAGGUACCCCUCCGUUAGCCCUUAUAGUACAUCGGUCCAUUAUUCCGUUAAAAAUGCCUACGUGGCGAUCAUGUGACACUCAUGUGAGUAAAAUAAUAAGGGUAAAAUAGUCUUUUCAUUCAUAAUUAGAAUUAUAGAAUUUAAUAUAUUGAAUAUCUAUAAUUAAAAAACAUUUUGACAAAUAAAAAAAAAGAUAAAUAAUACCCAAUUUAUUCUUCACUGUUAUUGGGAUACUUGGGUCAAUUAAUUUAAGUACUUUUUAUUUUUGUUUAGUUUUUAUUUUAUUUUAUGAAAAUUUAAUAUAUACUAAUUUAGAGAUAACUUUUUUCCGGAACAAUUAAUAGGAUUAAUCAAUAGAGAUGGUAGGUAAAUCUAGAUAUUCACUAAAUUCAAUUGUAGGUCUUUCUUUUAACCUAGUCUAAUUUAGUUUAAAUCAAAAAUUUGUAAAAGAAAUAUGAAAAAUAGGUGUUUUACAAUUUUACCCAUACUUUAACGGAAUAAUUGACAGAAGUACUAAAAUGGCUAACGGAGGGAUAAAACAGGUACCACUAGACUCCCUGAAAAUUUGUAGGUACCAAAAAGUGCAUUUCGUGAUAAUUCAGGUACCAUAUAAAGAUUUUACCAUUCUUUCUUCCAUAUAUUUGGUAUGUAUUUCUCUCGAUCUUUAAUUGAGGGGAAACGGUGUAUAUAUGUGAACUGUUCAUUUGGACGUGGUUAUUGGUUAAUCAGAUGAUCAAAUCACAUCGCAAAUCAUAGCUUCAGUGUGGAGUCUGAUUUUCCAAUACCUUUGAUAUAAAGUGUGAGGUUGAAAAUGAAGAAUUUGUAUGUUUAGAAUAAUAUUGACUAAACUUGCGAUCUACAAAAAUGUCGUCCCAUACAGUAGUGUGGGCUUGUAAUUGAAGUAUUGAACGGAGCAUUAAAUUGAUUGGUUGAUGAGUGAAAUUUA